AUGCCAUAUCUACUGGAUAGAAUUAUAUCUAUGACCCGACUCCUCCACCUCCUCCACUUUCUUAGGCCCAUUAGACUCCUCUUCCUCUGUGACAUCAUAUCCCUCCCCUCAGCGCCAUUAGACUCCUCCUUGGCACUGCUGUUAGAUUCCUUCACCAGCGUCCUAUUAAACUCUUCCCCCUCAGUGCCAUUAUACUUCUUCUCAAUGCCAUUAAAUUCUUCCACCUCAAUACAAUUAGAUUCCUCCUCCUCCUCCUUAGUGCCAUUAGGUUUCUCCUACUCAGUGCCAUUACACUCCUCCUCCUUAAUGCCAUUAGGCCCCUCCUCUUUAGUGCCAUUAGACUCAACCUCCUUAGUGCCAUUAGGCUCCUCCUCCUUAGAUAUUAAUCGUCAUCGUUCUCUUAUCUAUCUAUCUAUCUAUCUAUCUAUCUAUCUAUCUAUCUAUCUACUUCUACUAAUAUUUAUCAGUCUGCAUCUAUCUAUCUAUCUAUCUAUCUAUCUAUCUAUCUAUCUAUCUAUCUAUCUAUCUAUCUAUCUACGCACUUCUGCUAAUAUUUAUCAGUCAUUUGAAUUAUACAAAUUCAUAUCUAUAAAAAUCCGGAUCUAUCUAUCUAUCUAUCUAUCUAUCUAUCUAUCUAUCUAUCUAUCUAUCUAUGUCAGCAUAAUAUCUUCAUAUCUAUCUAUCUAUCUAUCUAUCUAUCUAUCUAUCUAUCUAUCUCAGUCUGUAAAUAUCAAUCUAUCUAUCUACACAUUUAGUCUUCUCAUAUCUCUCAGUCAUUUCAAUUAUACUAAUUUUAAUAUCUAUCAAUCUAUCUAUCUAUCUAUCUAUCUAUCUAUUUUAAAUAUAUUUUCUAUCUAUCUAUCUAUCUAUCUAUCUAUCUAUCUAUCUAUCUAUCUAUCUAUAUCAGUCUUCAUUUCAAUUAUACUAAUUUUAAUAUCUAUCUAUCUAUCUAUCUAUCUAUCUAUCUAUCUAUCUAUCUAUCUAUCUAUUUUAAAUACCUUUUCUAUCUAUCUAUCUAUCUAUCUAUCUAUCUAUCUCAUCAUUUCAAUUAUACUAAUUUUAAUAUCUAUUAUUAUCUAUCUAUCUAUCUAUCUAUCUAUCUAUCUAUCUAUCUAUCUAUUUCAUCAAUUUUGCUGUUACACUCGGUAUAUCUAUCUAUCUCUGUAUGUAUGUAUGUAUGUAUGUAUGUAUGUAUGUAUGUAUGUAUGUAUAUAUGUAUAUCUAUCUAUCUAUGUAUCUAUCUAUCUAUCUAUCUAUCUAUCUAUCUGA